AUGGCGAGAGCUAGAGCUCUAAUGGCGAUUUAUUCCCUUCUUCUUCUUGUUCUUCUACAACUUGUACUCUUUUCACUUCCCCCCUCGGCUCUCGCGGCGCCGAAGAAGCCCAUCGCCUCCGCGGCGAGGAGGGAGGACGUGCCCUUCAUCAAGUGCCAGGUGUGCGAGAGGAUCGCGCAGCAGAUCCACGACCAGGUCCAAAAUAAGGAAGCCCAGAUCUCUCCCAAGAAGGUUUCGGAGUACCAGAUCAUCGAGAUCGCGGAGAAUGUGUGCAACUUGAAGAAGCAAGAGGCGGAUUGGAUACUCCAGAUCGAUAUCGUCGAGAAAGGAGAUAAAUUGGAGCUUGUCGACCAAGGUGUUGAAGGACAGUGCAACUCAGAAUGUAAGACCAUCGAGCGUGCAUGCCAAGAGGUAAUGGGAUAUGCUGAUACUGAUGUUGCCGAGUUUUUCUACAAAAAAAGACCGUCUGUUGAUGAACUGAGGAAGUAUCUCUGCAAUGACCUUUCCAAAGCAUGUUCAAUUAAGCCAUUGCCAGUUCCCAAGGAUAGGAUUCCUGGAGAACCAUUUCUUCCAAAGCCAUCCAAAGAUGCCGAAAUGGAAAAGAUCUUGAGAUCAAUGGGGGACCUCCCAGGAGCACCAAAUAUGAAAAUGUAUUCCAGAGAUGAUCUGAUGAACAACAAUUUUGGUGACGAGGAAGCUGAUGAAGAUGAGGAUGAUGGCGACAACUUUCCUUCAACACUGAGUAAAGUUUUAAAAGAGAAGGAGAGUCCAAAGAAAGAUCUGAAGCAGACGAUCAUGCAAGGAAUUACACGGACUAAGAAACAAGUUAAGGAGAAGGUAAACAAGGUGUCGAAGAUGGUCAAGAAAUGGUGGCAGGGAAAGAAGACAGCUGCGGCACCUUCAAAGGCCGGCAAAAAUGAGCUCUGAGAACUGAUAAUCCUUCUGAUCUGUGAUGUUUUGUUACCAUAACUUGCAAACCAUAUUUAGGAAAAAUGUAAAAUUAGCUUUACCUUGUAGGUCGGUGGGUGCGCCCCAUUGGCCAUGGUCGAGAGUUCUCACAGUAAUUCUUUGUUUCUUCAAAUAUUGAAUAGGCUUGGGCAGUGAAUUAUUGUACUAGACUAGAUGAAAAUCUAAACAAUUUUUGGAUUGGAUUUUUUUUAGAUCUAGCAAUUGUUAAUUUGGUUGAGGAUAAUGAAAUGCCACGAGCUAAUCAAAUUUA